CAUGCCGGCGCGGGCACGCGCGCGGGUCCCCCCCCUCCCCGCCUUUCCCUCACCCUCUCCCCUCACGCUGCGCGCCCCCGGCCGGGCUGCGUGUGAGCGUGUAAAGGCGCGUGUGAGGCGGGUGUGAGCGCGGCGGAGGUCGGCGGCGGAUCGGUUUCUCGGGGUUUGACCAGCCGGUCCCGGGCUAACCCCCGGCUCGCUCGCCGAAGAUGGAGGCGGCAGCGCCCGGCGGAUCGCCCCUAGCUACGGCGCCGCUGCCUCAGUUUCCAUAGCCGGCCGCCGUGCCCCGCACAAACACCCGCACACACACACAAGGGGGAUGGAAGGGACUCGCUGAGUGUGUGCCUGCCUACCUGGACUAGGGGGAAGAUAAGCACUGCACUUUGACUAUGGAAGCAGAGGCUGCUGAUGGAUAUAUAACAUCAGGUGACAAUGAGCUUUCACCCGAAAGGGAGCACUCCAACAUGGCUAUUGACCUCACCUCCAGUACACCCAAUGGGCAGCAUACCUCACCAAGUCACAUGGCAAGCACAAAUUCAGUAAAGCUAGAAAUGCAAAGUGAUGAGGAAUCUGACAGGAAGCCCCUGAGUCAGGAAGAUGAGGUCAGGGCUCAUGAUGAAGGAAGCAGCCUGGAAGAGCCCCUCACAGAGAAUAACGAGAUGGCGGAUAACAGAAAGAUCCAGGAGCUAUCGAGCGAGGGAGGAAUCCGGCUUCCGAAUGGUAAACUGAAAUGUGACGUCUGUGGCAUGGUUUGCAUUGGGCCCAAUGUGCUAAUGGUACAUAAAAGGAGCCACACUGGUGAACGCCCCUUCCACUGUAACCAAUGUGGAGCUUCUUUUACCCAGAAGGGGAACCUGCUGAGGCACAUCAAGUUGCACUCUGGGGAGAAACCGUUCAAAUGUCCCUUCUGCAGCUAUGCCUGCCGACGGAGGGACGCCCUCACAGGACACCUCAGGACGCACUCUGUGGGGAAGCCUCACAAGUGCAACUACUGCGGCCGGAGCUACAAGCAGCGCAGUUCGCUGGAAGAGCACAAGGAACGCUGCCACAACUAUCUGCAGAAUGUCAGCAUGGAGGCUGCCGGGCAGGUCAUGAGUCACCACGUACCUCCUAUGGAAGAUUGUAAGGAACAAGAGCCUGUGAUGGACAACAAUAUUUCUCUGGUGCCUUUUGAGAGACCUGCUGUUAUAGAGAAGCUGACAAGCAACAUGGGAAAGCGUAAAAGCUCCACCCCACAGAAGUUUGUGGGUGAAAAGCUCAUGAGAUUUGGCUAUCCAGAUAUUCACUUUGAUAUGAACCUACCCUAUGAGAAGGAGGCUGAGCUGAUGCAGUCUCACAUGAUGGACCAAGCCAUCAACAAUGCAAUUACCUACCUUGGAGCUGAGGCACUUCACCCCCUGAUGCAGCACACACCGAGCACAAUUGCAGAGGUGGCCCCGGUCAUCAGCUCAGCUUAUGCUCAGGUCUAUCAUCCGAACAGGAUAGAAAGGCCCAUCAGCAGGGAAACAGCUGACAGUCACGAGAACAACAUGGAUGGCCCGAUCUCCCUCAUCAGACCAAAGAGUCGAACCCAGGAUAGAGAGGGCUCCCCCAGCAAUAGCUGCCUGGAUUCUACUGACUCAGAGAGCAGCCACGAAGACCGCCAGUCCUACCAAGGAAACUCUGCCUUAAAUCCCAAGAGGAAGCCAAGCCCGGCUUACAUGAAGGAGGACGCCAAGGCUUUGGAUGCCACAAAAGCUUCUAAGGGCUCUUUAAAGGAUAUCUACAAGGUCAUCAAUGGAGAAGGGGAGCAGAUUAGGGCUUUCAAAUGUGAGCACUGUCGUGUUCUUUUCCUGGACCAUGUCAUGUACACCAUCCACAUGGGCUGCCACGGCUACCGGGACCCACUAGAGUGCAACAUCUGUGGCUACCGAAGCCAGGACCGCUAUGAGUUCUCGUCGCACAUUGUCCGAGGGGAGCACACAUUCCACUAGGCCUUCUCAUCCAAAGGGGACUCUUAUGAAGUAGAAGAACUGCACAUGAAGAAAUACUGCACUUACAAUCCCACUUUUCCUCAGACAUUGAUGCGCCUAUUUUGUUGUUGUUGCUGUUGUUGUUGUUGCUGUUGUUUAAUUAUUAUUAUUAACCUUAUUUUUUUUUUUUUAUGGACCCAACCUCAUUUGCUCUGCCCAGCUUAAGAAUGGAAAGAAGGAAGGGAAGGGAUAAAAGAAGGGUUUGUUGUUGCUGUCACUUUUUGGUGAGUGACCUGACUUGCUUUCUGUGGGAGUUGAAAGGCAGUCUGUUUCUGCCUCAAUCAGCUGUAUAUCAUGUCCUAUUUUGGGAUGUUGCUCAACCCUGCUAGGUGCUUUAAAGUCAUGAUGAGUUGCCGCUCACUUAUAAUUUCAGACAAAUAGGUAGAAACAUUUCAGAGGAGAGCCUUUUUCAAAUGUGCAGAUACGGUGGGGGGUUUUGGUGGCUGGAGAAGACUGGGGGAUCUUUAUUCCACAGAAUAACAAUUACAUUUAAAGCAAAACUGUUUAGGGAUUUAGGAGCAUGAAUCAAAGUCAAUAUUGUUUUCAAAAUUACUUUCUAGGGUGAGCUGCUUUCCUGGGUUCAGUUUGUAUUGCCCCCCUAGAAGGUAAAGAAAAAAUUAAAAAAAAAAAAGUAUGUCUUAACACUGUACCACGUAACAGCAGUUUAGUUUCAUAAGUCCUGAGGGCCUUCUGUGGUAAGUCUGAGGCUCUUUAUUUUCCUUAACUUAUGAAGCACCUUUUUAGAAUUGUUGAUUUGCCAUUACUCCAUGCCUAUGUGUUGACUCACUGGCUUCUUAGAGACCCUUGGGAGCCUUACAUAUUUAGUUGCACCCUAUGGUUUAAGAAAUAUCAUUUGCAAAUAACAUUUAAAGUUGCUUCUAGGACAGUAAGUGGCCUAGGAGUGGGCGAGAGAGUCUGUAGUUUACUCAAGAGGUUCUGCUGCUCUUCUAAAAUAAUUUUGUUUCAAAAUUACAGAUUUUAAAAUGACAAAAGUACUGGUAGCAAAGUGUUCUUUAAAUAUAAUUAUAUAUCUAUAUAUACCUAUAUAAAUACUUUCUCAUUCUAUUAUCACAGUGUUAACCUCUUGGCAACAGCCUAAACUUGAGACUUGCAGCUGAGAAAACGCUAGGAGCCAGAUCGUCAGCCAGCAUUAAUCCUCUUAGCUCCAUUGAAUUUAGUGGAACUAACCCAACUAUUUCAGCUACGUCAAGGUCUGAGCCUCGAUCACUUUUUUUUUCUCUUGUUGACAUCUUAUUUGCUGAAACAGUGAUUUCCCUUUGUUUUAUUGUCAUCAAUUUUUCUUUAAUUUAGGGGUGAAAGUGCAGGUUUUGCUCGAUAGCCUUUGCUCCUGGAGAGCUCACAAGCCUUGCAAACAAACAGAUGUCAUAUGAAAUUCCCUACUUCUUUAGAAAUUGAUGCAUGGAGAUAUGCAGGUGCUGUGCUUUUGAUUUCGAUUCACAGACUUCAUUUUUAUUCAUAAUUUAUUAAUUUCACUGUAGAGAAAACAAAUAAAGAAACAAACUCCAGAGCAAUUCCUUGAGCUACAGACUGGACAAGAGAAAAAGAAAGAAAAACCACCAAUCUGUUUUGUUUCCUUUCUUUCUCUCCCUAAAAAAUAACAAAGCCAGCAACCACCCAAGUUGCAGGUUGCAGCAGUAAAAACUGGGCUUAAACCUAUGUGACAGAUUGCCAUUGCAACCCAACUGUUUGUACCAAUCACAAUUGAAAUGUUGUUGUUUGGCAACAAGAGCGCAGCUUGAGAAUGGAAAGAAAUGCAUGGGUUUAACCCCCUCCAUGCAAGCGGUCCCCAUGCACUUGGCGAGACCUUUUCCAAAGUACGAAGUUACUGAAGUAUAAAAGAAGAGAGCAAGAUCAGGCCAUAAUGAGUUCCCAUCUGCUCACUUCAAUCUGCAUACACUAUGCACAUGCCAGUUUGCCGUUUGUUUUGAGGGUACUGGGUUUUUUCUUCUCUUCCUAGACCUGGAGCAUUUGAAAGUAAGGAGCUGAGUGGUAUCGAUUGAAAUCUUUUUAUGGUGACAGUCUUGGCAGCUAGAACCUGUGUUUAGAAAGGAUACAGUAGAUCAUGGCCAGAUUACCUGAUGACUGCUUCCCAGCACUGAAAUGCUAUUAAGUAGGAGCUGGUAAAGUCUUGCAGUAGCCUAUUAAUUAUAAUACAAUAUGGAGAGAAAUGUCAUCUUGUGUAAUGUGAGAGCUAUCAAGGCUGGGAAUAUACAGGCUUUGGAGAGACAGAUUUAAAGACCUAUUCCCAACAUUGUUCUUAAUGUUGUUGGGUUCCUCCCCCUCCUUCUUUCUUCUUUCUAAUGCAGAGGAAACCCAGGCAAACUAACUGCUGCCAUCCUCCAGACCUUUCUUGUUUUCUUGCACUUGGUGUAACCGAAAGAGAUUGUGCAGGAGAAAAAGGGGUACAUGCUGGAGGGCAUCACCUAGGUUUUGUAUGGCUGAUUGUCUAGAUCUAGGAAGGUUGGCUUAGGAGGUGGCAGGCUGCAUUCUGCAUCAUCCUGGUUGGAAAUCAAGAAAAAGGGGGUUGCUUUUACAGCAUGUCACAAAACAAGGGUUGGGGAGGGGGAAAGUGGUUGCAACUUCUUCUGAGGCAGCAAGGGUUUUCUAGGAACCAUGUGCAAAGGGAAAGGUGCUGAGCUUGAAGGUCACUAGGCUUGCAUGGGACUCGAGGAAGUCCCAUUUAUGUGCAAGAGAAAAGGGUGGCCAGGAAUCGCUUUCAGUCUCGGGGGGUAACAGUCCAUUCUUCCCUCUGGUCAGUGGAAAGUGCAGCCUUUGGUUUCUUGAAAUAGCCAGCACUAAAAAAAAAAAAAAAAAAAAAAAAAAGCCUGUGUAUGGAAAAGCAGAGGAUCAAGGAAAGGAGGAGCAUCGUUUGUGUAUCCACAAAUACGUUGUCUGCGAUUAUACCCACAGUUUGUGAGUGUGCACUUCCAGUCGCUGAUGAUUCAUUGAUACCUCCUGCAGUGUAUAUGCUGGAGAUGUUUAAAAGAUGAGACGGAGGCUCGGUGGUUUUGUAGCUGGCUUCAGUCAAGCCCAACGUCUUGUUCCAAUGGCAGCACGCAAGAUUGGUUUGUGAGCAGUGCCCUGUCCUGGUAUCACAGAACUGGAGGAUGGGAGAGACGGUGGGGAGGGCACUCACUGUUUGUUACCUUCCAAAAACUGUAUUUUUUAGAGAGCAAGAAGCUGAAUGGUUGCAUUAAUUUCUAUUAUCAGUGUCCUUUUCUUAGGGUUUUCUUAGGACUCACUGAAGUUUUUCAUCCUAGAACCAGGGAAGGAAGAAAGACGAAAUUCCAACUGAAGUUUUGAACCAAGUUUUCAACUAGUAUUUAUUUUUAGCGUUGAGUUCCUACUUGGCAUUUUUGUUGGGAGAGAGGAGUAGGAAAAAUAAGGCAGUCCACAGUUCUUCAAAAUCAGGUGCCUAGUUGAUCUAGAGAAAAUGAAUAGAGAGUUUUGUAUACAUCACUUUGCCCCUACAUGGGCUUGUGCAAAUCUGGGGCCUUUGAGUUGGUGUUUUUUGUUUUGUUUUGUUUCUUGCUUGUUCUCUGCACUUUUCUAAGAAAAGCUCUUGAGUUUUGUCAAAUCCAUUAGUCAAAGUGUACUAGGAAUUUGAGUAGAUAAGCCUUGGCCUGCAGAUCCAUUUGUUCUAAGUAUUUGGUGUUUGAAAUCAAACCUGGCUGAUUUUUACUGGACUCUCUUGAAGUUCUUGGAAUUGGGUUUCCAGUUAAAAACAUGCAUUUGCAAAUUUAGAAUUGGCUUCCUGCAAACAUUCCCCAUUUUCAUUAUAAAAAAAAAAAAAGCCACUUCUGCAAACAUCCCUGCCAGUAACCCCUUUCACUUCUUUUUACAUCCAAAAUGGCAAGAUUCUGACUCAAUUUAGAGCAGCACAAACCUAUUAAUAUAAAUAGAAGUGUGCCUGCUUAUUCUCUUCUUGAUAUGAUCCAUGGUCUUGGAGCAAAGGGCAUUAUCUAUAUAUCUGCUGUUAUGGCCAAUGAAUUUUACAGCCACCUUUCUUUGCAAUCAGGUAGGAGUGCACAUCAAAAUGUAUAGCAUUUUUCAGGAAAGCCAGCUCUUUACUCAGUAACUGAUGAGAUUAAAACAAUUUUAUUCUCCUUAAAAAGUGCUUCCAUCUAUGAAGUGAUGUGAAAGGUGUCUAGGCAUUAACCUCUGUUGGUUUGUAUUAGAGAGAAAGAAUCUAAAUACGUAAAUUGGUCCUUUUUUUAUAGUAGUAGUUUCUACAGUCUGAGAGGACAGCUCACAUAACAGCCACGUGGAAAUAUUUAAACAUAUACAGCUGUAUAUAAUAUUUACUUAAAAGUGAAGAAAUUCUCAAUUUUAAAGAGUUCCCAAAUUUCUCUAUUUACAAGGGUGUUCUUAAACUGCAGCUGUCAGGCAGAGGAGGAGGCCAUGAAUUCAACCAAACCCUUCAAAACUGAUCUUUAAUAGGAUAUUAUUACUGUUGUCUGGGUCCUGAGCUUUUUUUUUUUUUCAUGCUUGAGAAUACAUUGAAAGAAGCCAGAAAACAAUCCUUCCUCCUGAGAGAAACUAUGGAGACAAUUUAGGGAAGGGUGCGUAUUUCAGCCAAGGACAGCAGCAGCAGUAAUACGGUUCCUGCACUAGUUGAUAUUCCUUUAUUUAGCUGUUCCUGUGCAUUAUAUUAUAAUGAGGGAGAAGGGAGUCUGCACUGUUACCUGAAUCACGUAAACUCAACUUGUGGUUUUUAGGAAGAGUGUGAUGAAAUUGGCUUCGGCGCUAGAAAUGUGCAUCUUAGCUUGGCUUAGUGUCCUUUCAAAACAAAGGUGGAUGGUAGUGAUGGUGUGCGGUCUAGAGCAGCUGGAGAUUUUGAGAAAGUAUAUUUAUAUAUAUGGUAUCGUAUAAUUAGAUAUAUGCUUUAUUGUAUAUGUGCCUUUUUCUAAUGCAUUUUGAAAGUUCAUGAUGUCAUUCGUGAUAUCUUUCCCUGCCCUUUCAGAAUGCAUGACAAAAACCAACCCAAAGUAAAAAUCCCUUCUCGUACGACGUGGCAAGGCAGAUCCCAGUCCCCCUCUGCACCCUUUUUUGCAGCUCAGCCGGGAGGGAAGGCUGUCUUAGUAUUUAGCUAUGAGAUUUCCUGCAGAAAGCUGGCGUUAGGAGUGGGAAGGGCUGGCAUUGCCCUAGCAAAGUGCAUUCCAGCCAGAGCUGGUCUCGGCGCUGGUCCCAACCAACGCAGCGUUGGACUUUGCUUGACUGUGACGCCGCCUGAAUCAUUGACAUGGAGCAAAGAGAAACCUGCCAGGGGGUGAUGUUAUGGGUUCACCUCUGAGGCUGGGGCAAGCUCGUUCUCCUCUGCGGGGCUUUAUUAGCUGGCAUGCUUGGGUGAAAAGUGCAGUAUUGUUUUGGUACUUUCCUGGCAGGCUAGUGACCUACUUUCAGGUCUGGUUAUUUACCCUGCACAGGUGCAGCAUCUGAGGGUGCAGGCAGGGGAGGAGGUCAGGUCCCCAGCACAUCUCCCACGGGGUCCAAGUCACCCACCAUCCCUCUGGGCCUGGGGCCACAGCGGCCACAGUGAGGACAUGGGAGCAGGAACCAGGAAUUAGGUAGAGAGGAGACAGAGGUUGUUUCACAGCAAAUGUAUUCCCAUUCAUCCCGUUAAGAAUUGUGCUGAAGGACAGGCCAAGGAGAACGUUAUCGGUUUCUAUUCUAGGCUCAAACAACAUUCCCAGUUACUCCAGUUCACUUCCAGCCCUUGGAGAGGUGGUUACUGGUCUCACGUGGAUCCCCAUCUGGGAAUACAGCUGUCCAUGCACCCCCCUGCUCUAAAAAGUUUAGAUAAAAAUCAUGGGACUUCAUUGACUGGAGGACAGCAGCAACCAUUUCAGCAAAGAUGUACGCUGCUGUAGUAAAUCCCAAUAUUAUUUACAAUUAAAAAAAAUACUGUGGUGUAUUCACUAGCAGCACAUGAAGUAUUUUACAGAGUGAACGAUGAUGAAGUUAAUCAGAUCAUGUCUUGAGGGUGUUGUUAUGUGUUCUCCACUGGGAGAAGGGAAGCAGCUUGACCCAAAGCUUGCUGAAGACAGCCGACGUUUCCUUCCAGCAGCAGCCAUUUGACUCAGCCCACUGCACCCCAGCCCAAGAAGUACAGGAGCACGCCAUGAGCCCCAUGUCACCCCUUUGAUUCAAUUUGGAAGUGCACGGGAGCUUUACCAUUAACCAUGUGCUUAAUCUGUUAAAUCAGGGCCUUACUUGCUCCUUGGUACAGCAUGGCAAGGUCGAUAGCGCUCGGCAGUGGGGUUUGGCGGUGAGCAUGAAUUCACGUGCGUUGGUGUAGUAGCCUUAAUCCCUCAUGCUCGGCAGUACGCGCGUACCGGUAGCCUGUAGUCUGUAUUAUCCAUCAAGGGUAAAAUACGGGAGCCUCCUGCAAGGCAGAGGGGAGAGCAUGACUCCACUGUUGGCACAAAGAGGCCAGUUUGCAGUAAAUUGGGCCAUUUAGUUAUACCUCAAGUGACAUAGAAUAAGAAAAGCUUCUUGAAGGGGUAGAGGUCACUGAAUCCUCGACUAUGCACUUACUGGGAUUUGACAUUACUGGAAAUGGAUGUUCACUUCUGAACACGCUGUAACAAGGGAAGGACUUCUGGUUAUUUUUUGUAGUAGUUCAGAUUCUGAAACUGUGAUCAAUUAUUUGACUAAUUGUCAAGUGUUCUCAGAGCUUGAACGUGUUCACUUCCUCUGUCAUGUAGCAGUUCCCUCUGGUUUCCAAUUGUUUUCUCUUUCUCCCCCUUUUCCUUCUCUUAGCUUUAAGUCUGGGCCUGCUCUUAUCUCCUGUAGCUUUGGGCUGUCUAGGGUUUUUUGUUUUGGGGGGUUUUUUUGUUCAUUGGCUGUACAGUCUGUUUACAUAUUUUUGUACUCAAGUGUAGUUUUAUAUUAAAAACAGGAAAAAGAAAAAAAGAUAGUUGAUUUGAGAAAAAAAUAUUAAGGUACGUACUCUUUGUAACACUUUAAAGACCUAGGGUACCUUCAGAGAUGACUCCGCAGUGAUGUAAUUAUAAUACUGUAUAUUUGCCUUUUUAGUUGGUUUUAUUUUCUGGUUGUAUUUUUUUUUUCUUAAAAUGUAUAUCUUUUUAUGAGAAACUGGAAACUUUUAAUGCAAAUGUUUAGAAAGAUUUAAAAAUUGUAAAGUUAAAAAAAAAAAAAAGUCAUAUAACUUUUUUUUCCUGUUGGAAGAAAAUGCUUUAAAAAGUUUUACUACUGUUGUAUUCCAGGGUGGGGGUUACCAACCCCAAAUUUCCUUCGUAUGCUUCAUUCUUGGAUCUUGCUUUCUAAAGAUGCUCAUUGCAGACAUGGAUGAUUUGCUUAUGUUAGU